ACGAUCUGCCACAACAGUAUCUCCACUGAUAUUCCAUCAUGAAGUUCUUCGUAUUCUUUGCUAUCGCCCUGGCUUUGGUGGCUUGUUUGGUGCAGGCUCAGCCCGUUCCUGAUGAGGAUCAGAUUCCAGCGGCUAAUCCUCUGGUUGAUGAGGAAGUCCACCAGGAGGUGGUGGAGCACAGUCGCCAGAAGAGGGCUACCUGCGAUCUUCUCUCCAAGUGGAACUGGAACCAUACCGCCUGUGCCGCCCACUGUAUUGCCAAGGGAUUCAAAGGAGGCUACUGCAGCGACAAGGCCGUCUGUGUGUGCCGUCACUGAUUUGGAUUGGAUUGGAUAGUCUGGUCGAAAUACACACAUCCGGAAAACUAUCAAAAUAAAAAUAUUAAACUAUACAAAAAUUGUAAAUAUCUUAGAAAUAUACGAUCUAUUUAAUC